AUGACACCACAUGAGCUAGAGUUCUCUUCUGGAUAUUGGAAGAAUGGGUGUUUUGCCGAGCUCGCUCGCUUCCCAGUGGAGAAUGUGCAUGCUGUUGAUGAAACGAAAGUCGCGAGAUACGGUUCCCUGAAUCAAUUGGCGGAGAUUGCGAGCUUGAUGCCGAGUAUGGGCGCCGCGAAUGCAAUUGACGUCCGAGCGGGUGAAACCGUGAUUGUGAUUCCUGCGACUGGAUUCUUUAGCUCCAGUGCUGUCGUUGUGGCAUUGGCUCUCGGUGCAAAUGUCGUGGCUGGGAGUCGGAGUCGGGAGUCUCUUGAUGCACUGAUCACGCAUUUGGGCGAAGAUGGCCGUAGGGUUACUCCAGUGGCUCUGACAGGUGAUACAGAGCUUGAUUCUGCGAAUUUGAGGAAUGCAACGCCUGGUGGACAUGGUGCAGACGCUUAUAUUGAUUACUCGCCGCCUGGCGCGGCUUCUACGACACAUAUCGUAGCCGGGUUGAUGGCAUUGAAGCGUUAUGGCAGGUGUUGCUUUGCUGGGGUUAUCCUCGACAAUGUGUCAUUGCCAUACGCACUUAUCAUGGCAAAUUGCUUGACUUUGCGCGGCCAGUUUGCACAGAGUCGAGAGGACGUUGUAAAGACGGUUCGCCUCAUUGAGACUGGGAUUCUCAAGUUGAGAAAAACUAUUGUUGGGCCAUUUCCUUUAGAGGAACAUGAUUUCGUCAUGAAACUUGCGGGCGAGAGCAGAGGAUGGGAGAAAAUGGUGUUGUUUGGGCCAUAG